UCAUUCAGUUCAAGUAGUUCAACUUCGGCAGCUGUAGAGUUGAUAUCGCGCUGCGCAAACAACACAAAAAACGCCCAAACCUCCUCACUUCGUUCGUCACAUAUCGUCUCGAUCGUGUUACGGCGCCGUUUUAUUGAGGGUGAAUCCGUUUUGACAUCAUAAUCGACCUUGCUAAUAAAUUUUGAUUGCGUAUACAUAUCCAACUGUGUGAUAUACAAAGCUGUUGCGUCUCUCUUUCCAAUAAUUCUCGAUCUAAUACAUUUGGAUUUACUGCAAAAUUGAGAGAAAGGAAAAAUUCGUCUAAAAGAAAAUUCGUUGGAAAAACUAAACCUUAAGACUUAUUCCUCAUAUUGCUCAAAUAAUAAAGAUGCCAUCUUUUUAUUGGAUUAGCUAAGCUAGAGUCUUACACCUUUAAAAAAUCCAUCAUCAUAGGGAGAGAAUAGAAAAAUUGAGAAAAGGACUGCAAACACACACACACACAAAAUAUGGCUAAGGACUAUUACAGGGUUUUGGGAUUACCCAAGACAGCCACCGAAGAAGAAAUCAAAAAAGCCUACAGGAAAUUAGCGUUACGCUAUCAUCCUGAUAAAAAUAAGGCCGCAAAUGCUGAGGAGAAAUUCAAAGAAGUUGCAGAAGCAUAUGAGGUACUAUCAGAUAAAAGUAAAAGGGAGGUGUAUGAUAAAUAUGGCGAAGAUGGAUUGAAGAAUGGUGGUCGUUCAAACGGUGGAACAAGUAAUUCAGGAUUUUCAUACAAAUUCCAGAGUGAUCCACGUGCUACAUUUGCUCAAUUCUUUGGCACGAGUAAUCCUUUCGGGUCGUUCUUUGAUAUGGGUGAUAAUUUAUUCGAUAAGAAUGUAUUUGACUUGGAUACAGAUCAUGACUUUUUUGGUUCGCCGUUUGGGGGACUUGGAUCGAGGCAUGGUCUUGGUGGAGCUUUUAGAUCACACUCAUUCAAUGUACACACACCGUUUAAAAAAGAAAAACAACAAGAUCCACCUGUUGAACAUGACCUCUAUGUUACAUUGGAAGAAAUCUACCAUGGCUGUGUUAAAAAAAUGAAAAUCUCUCGACGAGUUGUCCAACCGGACGGUGCGUCAAGAAAAGAAGAUAAAUAUGUUAGCAUAUCGAUUAAGCCCGGAUGGAAGUCGGGAACGAAGGUCACAUUUCAAAAGGAAGGCGAUCAAACUCAUGGCAAAAUUCCAGCCGAUAUUGUAUUCAUUAUCAGGGAUAAACCGCAUGCGUUAUUUAAAAGAGAAGGAAGUGAUUUAAGAUAUACUGCCCGAUUGACGCUCAAACAAGCUCUUUGCGGUGUGGUAUUUCAAGUUCCUACGAUGUCUGGUGACAAGUUGCGAAUCAGUACUAUGCAAGAAAUCAUCAAACCCAAUACGGUGAAGAGAAUCCAAGGCUACGGUUUACCAUUUCCCAAGGAUACAUCUCGCAAAGGUGAUUUGCUCGUUGCUUUCGACAUUCAGUUCCCUGAAAAAUUGACUGCAGCACAAAAGGAACUCCUGCGAGAUAUGUUAUGAAGAUGAGAACCAAAAAAAAAACAAAAAACGUUCAUAUCACCUAACGAUAGUUAAAGUAAACUCAUUUCUAUGGAAAUACAUUAUCGUCAUCGAUAUCAUCUCGAUUGUCAUUCAUUGUUUAAUGACAAUCUGUACUCAGUCACGAUAAAUGUUAAAUAAAAUAAAUCAACAUUUUUUUUUGUCCUCUCUCUCAAUAAGCUCAACUCAAACAACGUUCUCUUUAAUUCUCAAAGAUAAAAGAGAAAAAAAAUUAAUUUAAUCAAUGUUUUCUCUUUCGUCAUUAAUAUUUAAGUUUCUCGAUUAGUUGAUAUACAAAA